AUGGCUUCAAAGGAAAUUGAUCCUUUAGACGUACUCAAACAUGGUGACGUCCAAAAAAAGACCUGGGAAGAACCAUGUUCUACCUGCGAUUUGAAUGCACAAGCAAAGCUUUUAUUCAGCAGAGCGAGUCUAGACAUUCCAACCUACGUUGAUGUUUUACAACCAACACCAUCGCAACAAAGUCAUGAAGUUUACAUGAAAGACACCCAUGCCCAUUCGAACGAAGAAUCUAUGUUAGCACAUACAAAG